CGGGGCCGGGAGGGUAUAAAAGGCCCCGCCGGGCGGGGCAGAGCCAGCUCUCGCUCCUGCCGCUGGGCCGUUGCGCGUCGCAGGCGGGAUGAGUCCGGGGAGACAAACCGGGGAGACUUCCGACCUGCGGAAGAGCCUGAAGCCGCUGAUGGAGAAGCGCCGCCGGGCGCGCAUCAACUGCAGCCUCGGCCAGCUCAAGACGCUCAUCCUGCCCCUGGUGGGCAAAGACAGUUCCUGCUAUUCCAAGCUGGAAAAGGCAGAUAUUUUGGAGAUGACCGUUCAGUUUCUCAAGGACCUUCCAACGUCUUGUGGCACGCUUCCCGGCUCGGUGGACGGCUACGGCGAAGGUUACCAUGCUUGCCUGUCCCACUUUGCGACGCUGAUCCCCAAGUACAACCUGCUGAGUCCAGAUGCGUGCCACCAACUCUUGGCACGGCUCCAGCAGAACUUCAGGGAUUGCCCUUGGCAUCACAACUGCACACACUCGGCAAAAGACUUGGCCGCCACGCAGCAGGAGGAGACACCCCUGUGCCCGGCCAGGCGGGACCCAGGAAACUUCUGGGGGGGCUCCCAGCCCACCCAGCCUCCCCCCUUGUGGAGACCCUGGUAAAGGAAGGAAAAUUUUGCCCAGCCCAGUUUGGGACUUAUUUAUAAUUCCCCCCCUCCCCCCGAUAAAAUUUCUAGGUGCCAAGAGUGUGGAAGAUGGCAUGGUGUGUCUCUGCCUGAGUGCCUGUUCUGAGUGCCUGUCCGGCCUCGACCCCUCUCUAUCUUUCAUUCUUUUUAGGGCACUCAAUUUAUUUUGUCCUUUUUUUAAAAAAGCGAAAAUUUGUGGGUCAGUUAAUCUUGCGGUUAAGUAAAUUCAGAAUGGAAAUCUGGUGUUUUGUUUAAUUUAGAUUUGCUGAUUGGAAUUUGGGAGAGAGUAAUUUUACAUCCAGGCACUUUUGACCUCCUUCACUGCUUUGGGGCCAGAAACCUCUCUCUCUCUCCUUUCUUUCCUUUCUCUCUCUCUUUCUCUGUCUCUUAUCUUUUUUCUUUCUCUUUCUCUCUCUUUUCUUUCUUUCUCUGCCCCCUCUCUUUCUCUUAAUCUCUUUCUCU